UAGAGCCUUUCUUUUAAAUCCCAGGGCAGCGGGUCCUUCAAGGUUAGCAUUGCAAUUUCAAUUAGCUGCUGAGUGAAAGCUUGGCAUGUGUAUUAGUGAGUAGGGACACAAUUAGCUUAUUCUUCCAUUCCCAAUUGUGUUGAGAGGAUCCAAAGGAUUGGUGGGGGAUCAGGCAAGCCAGGCAUCACUGGAUAGUGAAGAAGGGAGUUGCUCAAACCUCGAUAUCUUCACUUGUUCAGGCUGGAAUUACAGAGAUUUAUUACAAAACACUGCGUGUGGCUUGGUGAAGGGUGCCUCAGGAGCACUCCGGUUCCCACUUGGGGUUUGCCUUUUUGAGUGCUUCACCUCUCUGUCUUAUUCUCAUCAUUACCAUGGAGCCCAACAGCCCCAAAAAGAUACAAUUUGCUGUGCCUUUAUUCCAGAGUCAGAUUGCUCCAGAGGCAGCAGAGCAGAUCAGGAAAAGAAGACCCACGCCAGCAUCCCUUGUGAUUCUCAAUGAGCAUAAUCCCCCAGAAAUUGAUGAGAAGAGGGUGAACAACACUCAAGAAGAUUCGAAGAAUGCAUCCCCUAAACAAAGGAAGCAAAGUGUGUACACACCGCCUGCCAUGAAAGGGGUUAAGCAUCUGAAAGGCCAGAACGGAUCAGCAUUCCCUGAAGAAGAAGAAAGUGCAAGUGAAAGAGAAGAGAAGUGGGACCAUUAAUUACCCUCUGCAGCAAGAGGACCUCUUGGGAAUAACUGGACUGUACACUCUUCUGAAUAUCCAAUGGUACUCCCAAGCCCCGUCUCCAGCAGCCUCUCCUGCUCAUCCCCCACACUCACAGCAGCUGUGAUCCUCCUGGAAGGCUCCUUAACUGAACUGUGAAACCGAGUGCAGAUUGUUGUGUACCACUUGCAGUAAAGAACAGGCACUUAUUUUACAGCAAUUUUUCUUUUAAACUCACAAUACCUAGGGAUCUGCUACCAUAUGUAUGUUCUCACUUUGAUACUGCCAAAGCUGAACUCCUCCUGGCCUACUAAUAUGAUUUACUUUCUGAAGUCAAUGUAGAGAGCAUUACUCUGAGAGUACAAAAUAAAUACUAAAUGCACUUGGAAUGAAUGUGAGUGAGGAUUAAUGGAAGAGGAAUAUCUGUGGAAGCUUCUAAGUUAAUACCUGCAUUUAGCAUGCUUCUGUAUAUAGAUCAAACCAGAGUUUACUUCAAGAAGACAAUGAUAGGUAGAUGUCAGUUGUCUUGAUUCAAAACACCACAUCAAAUAUGAAACGUUUUUCAUCUAGUAGUGUGUUGAUGGUUAAUUAAAGAAACAAAUGUCUUUUCAUUUUCUAAGCUGUACAAUCUUGGUUUCUCAGCAUCACCUAAUCAAUUGAAAAGGAAAUGCUAAAUUUAUAAUAAAACAUGGCAAAUCUCG